UUCGGCAGCCUCCGAGGGAGUUCAACGUAUUUGUGUCUAAUAGAAUCGCGAAAAUCCAGGAAAUGACGAAAGGAAUGGCUUGGCAUCAUGUUCCAACAGACUUGAAUCCGGCGGAUGUGGUAUCGCGCGGAUGUACCCCCAAAGAAUUGCUGGAGCACUCCCUUUUGGCAAAUGGACCUCUAUUUCUACUGAAAGGAGCGUCGAACUGGCCCUCCCUAUUAGAUGCAGUAAAGAACCUUCCGGAACGGCGUUCCACGGCGCUAAUUAAAACCGUUGGCACUGACAUAUCUAUCAACUGCAAGUUUAUCAACUUAUUCGACAAGUUGCAGCGUGUUUUCGCGUACAUUUAUCGUUUCAUUUCAAAUUGCAGAGCCAAAUCAUUACCUUCAACCAUCUAUCUUACCGUUGACGAGAUCAGCUUCGGAACCGUUCUGCUUCUAAGGAGCAUUCAACAGGUUCACAUAGCGGUGGAGUAUGAGGUUCUUAGCCAAGGCAAGCCUUGUCCUCCGAAGAGCAAGUUGAUUUCUCUAAGGCCAAUACUUAGCUCUGAGUGUUUACUUCGUGUUGGUGGAAGGCUUCAAAAUGCGAGCUUGGACUUCGAGGCUAAGCAUCCGAUAUUGUUACCCAAGGAUCAUCCGGUCACCAGAGCGAUUAUCGUCUAUUAUCAUGAGAAAUACUUCCACGCAGGGCCACAGGCGUUGCUCGCUGCUUUACGGCAAAGGUAUUGGCCACUUGGAGGCCGAAAGUUCGUGGCUAGCGUCAUCAACAAAUGCGUCAGAUGCUUUUGGAUGAAGCCUGUGGCUUGGGAACACGUGAUCUGCCUGCCAGCAGAUCGAGUUCAGCCGAACCCAGCUUUUCACACCACAGGAGUGGACUAUUGUGGACCGUUAUAUCACAAGUCAGAGACCCGGAACAAAGCACCCCACAAGUGCUACAUCGCCGUCUUUGUCUGCUUUUCGACGAAGGCUGCGCACUUGGAAGUCGUCCAGGAUCUCACAACGGAUUCUUUCAUUGCAGCUUUGAGAAGAUUCAUUAGCCUCAGAGGCAGUCCACGUACUAUUUGGAGUGAUAAUGCGCUAAACGAGAGCUAG